AACGAAGCCGAUACGAUGUAAAACAGUAUUUCAGCAGAUUCAAACCAAAUAUUUACUUCGCCCUCUCAAUCUAAGAACAUCUGCGUCACAUGAUUUCAAACCGGUCAUCAUCACCAUCAACCUACGGCGAAGAAAACAGCUCAUGUCGCGAUGGAACAAUUUCUGAAAACAAGAUGUCUGUACCUCGAAAGACCACGAAGAUCUAUCGAGUCGUUUUGUCCGCAGCAACAUUUUUUGUUCUGUGCUUGUGCACUAGGCAUCAGUUCAACCUAUUUCAAUGCCUUCCGAAAGAAAUGAUUGCAGACAAUGCACCUCAAGUUAAAUAUCAAGUUGACAAACUUUUGGAAGAGAUAAGGAGGAUUAAGAAUGAAACCUCGUCGGAGAUAGAAACCCAAAAGAACCGGGGCAACAAACUUGAAGAACAGCUGAAGAAGAUAAUAGAAGAAAGCUCUGCAAAGAUUUCAAUCGGCGAAAACCGGACCAAUAAUCUCGAACAACAUACGAGGAAAUACCAAAUCGAUCCCCGAUAUUUUUCUGAUCCCCGGCGUUUUAGAGGAGAGAUGACAAAAAAACUAUCAGCAUUAUUGGAAAAAAAUAUCAAGUCCUACAGCCAGCUUAGAGAUGAAGGUAAUCUUUCUUCCUACGUCCAAGACGACCACCCGCUCUUCAAUGGGGUAAAACUAGGUGACUUUUCGAUCGAGGCUUUGCUCAGAAUGUAUCCAAAAGUUGACGUUUCCACAUGUCUGAAAUACAACGCCGAUAAAACUGGGCGUCUCGUGGAUACUACCGGCUGGUAUGAAAUCGAACGAAGUAUCAACAAUGUUCAACACAACAAAAAAUUGAUUAACUUUUCUCUAUUUCGGAAGAGGGGGGAUCAUCCAUUCGGCGAACUUCCAGAAGACAGACGACUGAAAUGGGAGACAAAAUACGCCAUGCCUGUUCUCAGGAUGUUUGAUACAAGCCACCCGGAGGGCUAUUCCAAGUACUUCACAGAUUGCGAUUUUCAUUUAUAUCUUGCACGUGACCUAAAAUACAUGAUUGAUGCCAACAUGAUACCAAAGCAUGAAAACCUUACAAUCCAUUUAAUGAAGACAAGCUCAGUAGGAACAGGCCCAGGAUCAUUGUGGCGUUUCCUUGGUUUGAACAAUCCAAACUACGAUAUUACUGCAAGUUCCGAAGCCGGUAAGAACUAGACUUGAUUCGAUGCGAUAGUAUUUAUGCGCUGUUUGAAUAUGAUGUUCCUCGUCUCAAAAUAUAUUCCAGCUCAACAAUUUUUCUUCCUUUUUUUCAAUAACUUCAGACACCUUUCUGAGACGGUCGUAUUUUGAGAAGGCGGAGGAGGAGAUUAUCUCAGCUGAUAAUGACUUUAAUCUUGUCACAACUGGGAUUGGUUAUACGAGGGGCAACGAUGCUUUCCUUAAUAGUGCAUUAAUCAUGGG